GUGACUUGAACUUAGAUCACGUGACUGGUAGUAAAGGUAAAUCUACCAGGAAGAAUAAACACCAAACCGAAAGUACUUCCCAGCCAGGUGAAUAUCGGGGUGGGGGCCGUGGAUUCCGUGUCCAUCGACAGCGAUCUGGGCGGUGAUCGGAUGUGAAAGAGACAUACAAUGGCCACGCCCACCAACCAAGCACAGGAGAUCAUCACCUGUGACCUCUGUGCCAAGCCAACCCGAAAAUUCUGUAACAAUUGUCAAGUCAGUUUGUGUGUGGAAUGCGUUAGUAAACACGUGGACAAGCUUGACUCCCUACCACAUGACAUCGUUCCUUUCAAAGACAGAAAGGUUGAUUUUCCUGAGUGUGAGUUUCACUCCAACCAGAGAUGUGAGGUUCACUGCCAGCAAUGUGAUGUUCCAGUUUGCCUGAAAUGCAUAGUUGGUGUCCAUAAUGGACACAAAGUCAAGGAUAUGCCGGAAAGUUUUAAUGACAAGAAAAAGGAACUUGAAGAGGAAACCAAAGAAAUUGAAUUCACCAUUAUUCCUCAGUGCAAGAAGAAAAACGAAGAAACAGAAAGCAAAAUAUCCAUUACAAGGGCCGAAUGUGAUGAACUGGAAACAGAAAAAGAAAAACUGAGAAAAUUCUGGCACCAAGAAGUAGACACCAUUUUCAACACACUUGGGUCUUUGAUGGAAUCCCUGAAAGAGAAUCACCUGGCUGCUCUAAUAUCCCACCAAUCCAAAAUAAAUAAUUGUAUUCCAGACAUGAUUCAAACAGUUCAACGAAAUAAAGAAAUUUUGAAAUCCAAAAGAGUUUUUGAAGUCACCAACCACAAAUCUAAACUUGCGGCAUUCAGGAACAUGCCUACUGAUAUUGAUGUCAAACUGCCAUCACUCAAAACCAACAUAGCCCAAGGGAGAGAACUCAGCCUGGAAUUAGGAGAAUACAAAGUUAGCCUGACACAGACAACACUGUCCAGUCUGACAGGGGAAGUCUCCUAUUUAUCUUUACAAAAGCUGUUAGAGCAAGCUAAAUCAAUUACAACCAUUCCUACUGGAGUUAAUCCUCUAUACAAUGUUGCCUGUGUGGGAGUGGAUGAAGCCUGGGUUAGUGGUAAAGAUAAAACCAUAAGACGUGUUGACAUACACGGGUCUGUACAGGACACUGUCACCACCACAUGUAAACCCUGGCCUUGUGACAUCACAGUGACCAGACAGGGAGAACUGGUGUACAGUGAUGUUAUCAAUAGUACUGUGAACAUUGUCAGACACGGGAGAACAGAGACACUGAUAACCACACCACAGGGCUGGCAUCCAGCCAAACUAUGCUGUACUAAGUCAGGGGACAUCCUGGUCAGUAUGUGUACUACUGAUAAAAGCCAACGUAAAAUUGUCCGUUAUCAGGGACACACAGUGAAACAGGAAAUAGAUAGAGAUGACGAUGGAGAACCAAUCUAUAAAGGAGGGAUACACACACUGCGUGUGGUGGAGAACAACAAUGGAGACAUCUGUGCCUCUGAUAGUAAUGCUGACACCGUGGUCGUGGUGGACAAGUCAGGAAGAGUCCGAUUCCGAUACGACGGUACACCAGCCAGGAGUAAGGAGUCAUUUGAUCCUGUACAUAUAGUGACAGACUCCAUGAGUCAUAUCAUUGUGGCAGAUUACAACAAUGACUGUCUACACAUCCUGGAUCAGAACGGACAGUUCCUGAGAUGUGUGGACAAUUGUGGACUAGAUAAUCCCCUUGGACUGAGUGUGGACAGUGAGGGGAGGUUGUGGGUAGGGUUAUGUGAAUCAGGAGAAGUAAAAGUGAUUCAGUACAUGAAAUAAACACACACUGUUUACAACGUGUAAUAUGCAGACAUCAGAUGAUGACAAAGUUCACACAGUGCAUUAAUUCAUUGAGAUUUAUAAAACCUAAUCACGUUAUAACUGACAGAACUGGCACGAGAAGUUACAUACACAGGAUAUAUCAAUUUUAAAACUGACAAAAUCAAGUUCAGACAGACAGCCAGAAAUAAUCACAAAUACUCGUGUUAGAUAUAACUUCUGAAUGGGUUUAAAAGUAUCAGACCCCCCCCCCCCCCCCCCCCCCCCCCCCGUAUAUCCUAACUUAUCUUAAAGUUUUAUUUACUUUGUUCUGAAAAUAUAAGUUGAUGUUACUCUAGCUGUUUGAUUUAGAGUGCCUCGGGAGCCUUAUCAAUAAUUGCUUUUUCUGGGCCAUUAUAGUCAUUUACAAUACAAUGAAAGUUUAUAGAAUACAUAUGCUCUUUUAAAGUUCAUUCUGCAUGUACAAUAUCAUGUCUAUGAAUGAUCGUAUACUAUUUACUGGGGUUUCAACCGGUCAGUUUUCCUCGGGUAAGGGGCGGAGCUAAUUUUAGGCGAGUCUAAUAUGCAAGCUGGCGUAUACAGAAUAUACCAAUCAGGAUGUUACAUGUAUAUAUACAUUGUAUAUGUUUAUGUAAGAUUUAUAAACCCAAUGUGAUGAU